AUGUCAUUGCAACAACCAGUUAGAGAGGCAGCCAAGCAAUUGGUUGGUGUUUUGGAGAAGUUCCCAGCCGAAAGAAUAAGACACAUUGUAUCGUUCAAGAGCUCACAAAUCGGAAGAUUCAAGAGAGUAGCCGGACUAAGUGGUACUGAUGGCUGGAAUGAGAGUAAGAAGGCAUCGAUCGAUGAGAUAAAAGAUAUCAUCAGUAGAACAUCGGCGCCAUUGGGUUUACAGAAGGAUCUGUUGAAGAAAAUGCAAGCUGCUAUACCGGAGGAUAAUUUGAGUGAACAAAGUAUCAAAGAACAAAUCAGGGCAUUGAAUACUUUGAUGAGUAACAAAUAUAAGACUUAUUAUGAUGUUGGUGAUAAACUGUACAAACCUGCAGGUAGACCAAACUAUUAUCAAAGAAUUCUGGAUGAAGUGCAAGGUAAGCAGAAGGAGACAUUCUUUUCAGCUUUCAGGACCGUUGUAUUUGGUAAGUGA